ACCACCCCCAAUCUAUUAAACGACAUCGUACCAAAUCCCUCUUUAUAAGUAGUAAUCUAUCACUCCCACACAACAACAAACAAAUCACACCCAGAAAUUUUCAAAAUCCCUAAAAAGGUUUUCAAAUUCAAAAAUGGCCGAAGCCGACACCACCACCACAUCCCCGCCGCAGAUCCCAGAAUCAGAAACCUCCACCACAUUACCAACAACGGAGAAGAAAGAUUCAAACAACGAGACGGAGAAGAAUCCGAAUCCGGGAACCAUCUCGCUCCGAAUCUGGCCGCCGACUCAGAAAACUCGCGACGCCGUGGUCAAACGCCUGACCGAAACACUCUCAACCGAAUCAAUCCUAUCCAAGAGAUACGGAACCCUCGACUCCGAAGAAGCCUCCUCCGUGGCGAGAUCAAUCGAGGACGAGGCUCACGCCGUCGCUUCCGCCGCCGUGGUAGGUGAUGACGAUGGGAUCGAGGUCCUCAAGGUUUAUUCCAAAGAGAUCAGUAAACAUAUGCUUGAAUCGAUGAAAGCUAAGAAGACCCCUGCACCAAAGGCCGGUGGUGGUGGUGGUGAUGAAGAAGAAGAAACUGAAUUAGCCGCAGAGUUGGGUUCGGUGAAGCUUGAUGAAGACAAGGCUUGAGUUUGGUGUUCUAACUAUCUUUUUUUUUAUUUUGUUGCUUAGAAUUCGUAUGAGAUUAUCUCAAGACUUCUUGUAGUGUGAUGAUGACUUGUUGAUUUCGCAAUUUGAAUGCUUUUGGUUUCUUACUCAUGGUAAUUAACGAGUUAAGUGAAGUUGUCGCUUGCUUUAUCGUUAAUUAGAUUAUAUAUGUGGUUUGCUUGAA